AUGAGCAAGUACGGACUACAGAUCAGGGCUCCCUCUAAGAAAAAGCAGUCCUCACUUCCUACCGCUUCAAUCUUUGCUCAAGAUGAAGACGACGAUGUAGAGAAGGAGAUUUCUCGACAAGCUUCAAAGACCAAGGCUCUUAAGGAAAUCGAGGAGCAGCACAAGAAAGCCUUGGAGGAGGACCCUUGUGCUUUUGCUUACGACGAUGUUUAUGAUAACAUGAAACAGAAAGCAGUUCUUCCACGAAUGCAAGAUCGUCAAGAGCGCAAGCCAAGAUAUAUCCAGCAUUUGAUGAAACAGGCAGACCGUAGACAGAAAGAACAUGAAAUAGUUUACGAGAGAAAGCUUGCGAAAGAGAGGGCGAAAGACGAACAUCUUUUUUCAGAUAAAGAAAAGUAUAUAACUGGUGCCUACAAAAGGAAACUCGAAGAACAAAAGAAAUGGCUGGCCGAAGAAAGAUUGCGUGAACUUCGAGAGGAAAAAGACGAUGUUACAAAGAAGAAAGACUUGAGUGAUUUCUACUUCAACAUUGGCAAAAAUGUGGCGUUUGGAGCUCGGGAUAUCGAAGCUAAAGAGGCAGAGAGGCUCGAGGAACAAAGAAAGGCAGAGAAACUCGAGGAGCUGAGGAAAGAAGAGGCAAGGGAAGAGAAGAAAUCAGAUGCACCGGUGAAGGAAGUGUUGCCCGAAUCUGGAAAUGUUGGAUCAAAGAGAAUGAGAAGUAUGGAACCGAAAGAAGUGGAGGAAGCCGAAUUAGAGAAGAAGAUGGGUUCAGAUGCCGCCGAAGAAAUAGACUCAUCCAUCAAAGAGGCAUCAAAAGAAGCUCCAAAAGCCACUAACCACCACAAGAAAAAUGAGGAUGCGAUUGCUGCUGCUAAAGCACGGUUUUUGGCUCGUAAGAAGGCAAAGAUACAAGAAGAAUAG